AACACGGUAGCGGUACACGCGGACGUAAUUUCCUGACGGACAACAACAAGAGGGAACAGCUGGGUACAUUUAAAGCGUCGGGUUCCUGUAUAUUUUCUCCGAUUUUAGCGAUUUUUAUUGAAUGUGAACCAAAACAGUGUAGUGUUGGAGUCCUAGAAGGCGGAUAAAUGUCUGAAUCAUCAGAGUCCCCUAAAAAAGAAGAACAAGAGGAGGAGGCUACAGCUGAACCCGAGAACCAAUCGGACGACAGCAGUGAAGACGAAGCUACAGGAGAAGCAGAUAUGGACUUCUUGCGUGGCCUCUUCUCCAGUGCGCUGGGAUUGGGCUCUUCAGAGAAGGUUCUGGAUGAGUUGUCUCUGGAGGGCGUGGCUCGCUACAUAAAUAGCGGCAAAUGCAAAAACAUAAUUUGCAUGGUUGGAGCAGGAAUAUCAACAUCUGCUGGGAUCCCGGAUUUUCGCUCUCCAGAAACCGGUCUCUAUGCAAACCUGCAAAAGUACAACCUGCCUUACCCAGAAGCCAUCUUCCAGAUCGAUUACUUUAAGAAACAUCCAGAACCAUUCUUUGCUUUGGCCAGGGAGCUGUACCCAGGACAGUUUAAGCCCACAAUCUGCCACUACUUCAUAAAGAUGCUGAAGGACAAGGGGGUUCUGAGACGAUGCUACACACAGAACAUCGACACCCUGGAGCGAGUCGCAGGGCUGGAAGGAGACGAUCUGAUUGAAGCACAUGGAACGUUCUACACCUCACACUGUGUCAAAUUCCUCUGCAAAAAGGAGUACAACCUGGACUGGAUGAAAGAAAAAAUCUUCUCUGAUGAGAUUCCAAAGUGUGAAAAGUGCAGCAGUUUGGUCAAACCAGAUAUAGUUUUCUUUGGAGAGAACCUGCCAACCCGUUUCUUCACUUCCAUGAAAAUGGAUUUUCCUCGAUGCGAUCUCCUCAUAGUCAUGGGCACGUCUCUGCAGGUUCAACCGUUUGCAAGUUUAGUCGGCAGGGUUUCAAAAAGUUGCCCCAGGUUGCUCAUUAACAUGGAGAAAACAGGACAGGCAGAUCCGAUGUUGGGGUUGCUCGGCUUUGGAGGAGGGAUGGACUUUGACUCAGACAAGGCGUACAGAGACGUAGCUCAGAUCAGUACGUGUGAUGAUGGCUGCUUGGCUCUUGCUGACUUGCUGGGUUGGAAGGCGGAGCUGGAAGAGCUUGUGAAGAAGGAGCACACCAGGAUCGACAGUGAGGACAAGCAGGAGGGUCCCGGAGGGAGCAAAGGAGCUGCAGCCAAAGGCGCUUCGGCUUCAGCUGAACCAAAAUCCAAAGCAGAGGAGUGACCUGCACUUAAUUAACAAAACAAAAGCAACGACGCAGUUUAAAGCUUAACCAGAGGCUAAUAUAUAAGAGUUUGAUGUUCGGAAAUGAAGCUCUGUUGGGUUUCUCUAACUGUAUAUUCUCAGAUCUGAGGACGGUUCUUUCCCGUAAUUAUACUUUUGUUUAUAUCUGUCAUUUUGCACUUUACUAACAUCUCUAUAUUUUCUACAAGCUUCCAUUUGCCCCAGCUGCAGAUAACAUUUUUCCCUCUGAUAACUUUAGUUUUGUUGUAUGUAGGUUUUAGCCCCAUGCGUUCCUUCUAAGCAUAAACGACUCUUAAUGAUUGACGUGUGCUGACGAGCUGCAUUUUAAUGAGAACCGGAUUUGGAUUUCAGAUAACAAGGUUCUGUUAGGUGGCCUAACAUUCACUCCCCCCAAACUAAAAGCGGUUCAUCUGAUAAAGCUGUCACAAUGUUUCCGUCAGAGAACUAACUUCCUGACCUGGUUGGUAAAAAUUUUGAUACAUUUGAUAGAUGGGUUUACUAGAGCCAUCACUGGUUUUUACGUUUGUUCAACUUUUAGUCAUUUUAUUUUAAUUGUUUUGUCAUUUAUGCAAAACUAUAAGACAAAUAAUAUUUUUGUGUAAUGUUCAUCUUGGAACAGCAGAAAGAAUUGGAAGCAGUCACUUUUCAGUCAAGUUUAAUUUUAAUGGCCAGUAAAUUUAGAUUCAAAGCAACAUAAAAAAGAAAAAAAAAACAGACGUGAUUCUUAUGGAAAAAAUGCUGAAUGAAAGAUAUCUGAAGCAAUGUGUUAAAAAAGAAAAAAAAGUAAAAUACUCACCUGGACUUAAAUAUGUUGACAUGUACUAAUUCUAGCAACCAGUGCAAAUUCCUGCAAUAAAUGUUUCCUUUAUUAAACUGA